CCUUCUCACACUCUGGGUGGUAUAAAAGUUGCCAGAACAACCGCAACAUCGGCAUAACCGUCGUGAUCGUCUGACAGUGAAAAUCCAAAGUGCACCAGUUCGAUAAAUAAUUGACCAUCAAACUACUUGUGAUUAAUCCCAAUCCCGGUGACCAGUGGAUAUAUUCUGAUAAAAAUAUUCGUCACAAUGCGAGGGCUCGUUUUGAUUGUGGUGAUAUCAACGGCAGCAGGUGUUUGGGGAAAACCAGCCCCCGAGCCACCAGUGGAUUCGUACUUCCCUCCCUCAUCGGGUGUGGGGGGUGGUGGUGGUGGUGGUUAUCCAUCGGGCCCAGUUGAUACGUACGGACCCCCCCAGAGGCCCUCAGUCAUUCACAAGCACGUUUACGUUCACGUACCCCCACCAGAGGCACCGGAAUACAAACCCCCGAAGUACCUGCCACCCCCAGCAGCUCCCCAGAAGCACUACAAAAUAGUCUUCAUCAAGGCACCAACACCACCCACACCAACGGCGCCCGUUCUUCCGCCAUUGCCACCCCAGGACGAGCAGAAGACCCUCAUUUAUGUUCUCGUGAAGAAACCCGAAGAGGCACCUGAAGUCACACUUCCAACACAAGCCCCGACACAACCCAGCAAACCCGAAGUUUAUUUCAUUCGAUACAAGACUCAGAAGGAACAGGGUGGAAGCUACGGACCACCGUCUCCCCCUCAGGACAGCUACGGACCCCCCCAAACUGGCGGUGGGCCCUACUAAUCUCAUUAAUCUAUAGAAAUAAAGGAAUUACUGGAAAUCAAUCUCGGUAACUAGUGCCACCAUCCAAAAAUAAUAUUUUUGACAGAUACCAGUAUAUGAGCUCGCAUUUAUGGAUUUGUAAGGAGAAUAAAUAUUUUUUUAUACAAAAGGAAAAUACUGCAGAGAGAAUGACAUUUGUAAGAAAAUUACUGAAAAUACAAUUUAUUCAUACUG